GUUUAUAAUUGCAAGGCCACUAUAAUCUUUUGGGUGGUUUUCGCGAAUGGUUGGCAAUGAUUUUAAUGAAAUUCCCUUACGUUUAACAAUAGCUUACCAUGGUGCUCACCAAAAUAAUAUCACCAGUUGCAGUUUUUCUAAUUGCGGUCGAUUCUUCGCCUUUGUUGAUCAGCCACAGAUUGUCUUGGGUUACUGUGUAAAUGACAUACUAUCAACGUGCUUGGAUGAAAAUAAUUUCAAACCAUCUUUAUCAUCUCAUUGUCAAACAUCUAGUUUAUUGUCAGAUGAAAUUAUUAACAAUACAGAAUCAUUAAAUUUAUAUGCAAAUCUUACAGAUAGUAGUAAUAACUGGAAAAUAUUAACGUCAGAACUGUUACAUGGUGAUGCACUACCUGUAAAUAUGAAACCAAUAUUUCGUAUAAAAACUAACGGAGAUGUGAUUAGUAUGACUUUUGCCUCUGGGGAUAGUGCAUUUUGUCGAUUGCCCCACCGUGCAAAUAAGCGUAGAUCGUCUAUUGUUCGUGAAUCACAAGUCUCAUUAUUACUGUUGGGUUUAGCUUCUGGUGUCAUUGAAGUUUAUAAUGUAUUUAGUCUAGUAUCAAGUUCUCCACAUAUCCCCAAAUAUGUCUUGACAGAUGAUUGUACCCUUGUAUAUCUCCUCUCAGCUGCUGUAGACGGAAGUCUUCGUGUUGGAUCCGUACAUCGUGGUGGUGAAGUGAGAUUAUGGGAUUUAUGGGAUGAUGGUAAUAUGUACGGGAAAUUACAACAUAAAUUCACUGUUCCAACAGAUCAACCAUGCAGUGAAAUUCAAGGUGAAGCAUGUACAUUUGCUUGGCAUCCAUGCGGCAGACAUGUAUUCCUAGCUGGUGAAAGAGGCCAUGGUGUUGUACUCGAUGCUGAAUCUCCUUUUUCUCGAGUCGCCUACAUACGAUCUGGUCAUUAUCAUCGAAUAUCAGUUGCAAAAUUUUCAAAAGAUGGUAGUUUAUUAAUUACUGCCUCUUAUGAUUCAUGUUGUGCUGUAUGGUCUGUACCGGAAUAUCAAUGCUUACAUCGUUUCUGGCAUAUGGGACGUGAACCCAGUAUUCCUCUUCGUGGUGGAUCAAAUGGUCAUCAUAUAUACGGUUUAUCUCUGUCCCCAGAUGAUUUUUACUUUAUUACCGUUUGCGAAGAUAGAUGUAUUCGUUUAUGGCCAUUGGCUCCUGUCAAUUCUCCAUUGAAGAUCUAUUUCGAACUUGCACUCCAAACUCAUACUAAUCUUAAAUUUCGUAGCUUAGCUUUCAGCCCAUGUGGUCGUAUAGUUGCUGUCACUACGAAUAAUCACGAUGUACUUCUAUUUACAACACGAUCUGAAUCAAUUCGUCUUGGUACACAAUGUCUUCAUGCAAUCCGAAAAUGUGUUGUUGAAAAUCUUUUGAAGAAAACUAUGCAUCGCUCAAUUAAACAUCAAUAUCAUAAUAAUGAUUUGUCAUUGACAACUAGCAAUAACAGUUACAAUACAUUAUUUCAAAAUUGCAUUUCACAAAUCCACUUACCAUCUCCAGUGAAAAAAGCAAUUUUAAGGAAUUUUGUAAAUUGAUAUUUAAUGUUAGGAAGACGGAAAAAAAAGAGAUGGAAAUAACAGUGAUUGUACUAUGGUGAUAUGUAUAUCCAACCAACCUCCUGCCUAGUAAUGUGAUAGCUUCUGGUUCCAGAAACCCUACUGCCCUGAAACGCACUCAUUCAGAUUACAAGAUACACAAGCUCACAAAUAAUUACAGAAAUGACCAGACCUAGUGAAGUCAAGUGGCUGGACUACCAUCCAUUGGACAUCAAAGAUCUGGGACCGUUCCAAAAUAACAAGAAACAAGCCCAAAGAAAUCAAUUGAUUUACACAAAUAGAUUGGAUUAGCUUGAAUUGAAGAGUUGAUCAUUUCUAAGACCUGAUGAGUCAAUGUCUUACCGAAUUUGUUUACAAUUGAUUGGUCACUGAUCAAUGUCAUGUAUGUCAGGUCUUUCUUAGUGCAGAUCGAAUCCUAUCGACUGAGUUACAAUGUGGCUACUAGUCUAGGUGACUCGACAUUGAUCAAUCAAUUAUAAAUACAUCUGUCCUACAGAGAGUCGGUCAUGGCCCGGAUAACUCAGUGGUAACGUCUCCACCUGUGAAGCUGGGUGACACGGAAUCUAAUCCAUCAGUUCCCUGAAGAUUACAGGUACACCUUGCUGGAGAGUGCCAACUAGCAUGAAACCUUGGUCCAAUGUUUCCUGUUGACAAAUUUUUUCCUGAGGAAAAUGAUGAAUUAUAAAUUUUCAAUAAAUGAUACUGACUUUUGUCAAGCUACAUUUUAUUUUAGAUUUGACAAAAUUUGGAACUAAUUUCAAUAAUAUGAUCGUGCUUCAAUUCUAGAUCAUGUGAAUAAGUUUAUCAUAAAUGGUCAUAGAAACAUGUAAAACCUGUGAUUGAUAGUUAAUGAUGAAAAUAUGUAAUUCUUG